AAUAACUAUUUAAAAGUUGAAUAUAUAACAUUGUACUUUCACACGAAAUUCGUACAGUUUAAUCUUUAAAUUAACAGUUAUAACAUUACAAUUUAUAUAUUUGAAAUUGGUCAAAAUUGAUAUGGAUUCCGAAGAUAAUAAAAUGGAUGCCGUGUAGCAGACAACAUUUGUGUGUGAAACAAUAUAAUGGAUUCGUCUAAAGGAACAGGACCUUAUUUGCAAAGAAUAAUGCAAAGGCAAAACAGUUCAUCACCAAGACCAUCAAGUUGUAGUAGUGGUGAUAGUUUUAGAGGUCCAAAACUUAAGCAAGAAAUAUGUAUAGGAGAAGAAGUCAAGAUUUCUGUUCAUUUGGCAGUGGAAAGGUUCAAGCUGAAUGAUACCCAAAAAGUACUGGAAUUUCCAUCUUCAUUAACAGCCACAGAAAGAGCCUAUGUUCAUAGGCUGUGUCAGGGAAUGGGAUUUCAUACAAAAAGUAGUGGGAAAAGGUCAAGCAGAUACCUUACUGUUUAUAAGAAGGAAGGGAGUUUGGCCACUCAAUCAGCAGCAAGUCUUCACAUGGUCAGAAAUUCAAGACAACAAAUACAUAGCCUUCUUCAAAGAUUUCCUCUCACAAGUAAAGAAAGACAAGACUUGUUACCAAAAACUGAAAGAAUUUCUGUCAAUGAAGUAACAAAAGAACUGAACAAGACAACAAUUGGUAAAUUAAAUAACGGAGUAGCUCAAAUACCACCAGAGCGUGGCAGUUCUGAUUUGGAUAGCUUCAGAGAAACUUUACCUGUAUUUAAAUAUAAAGCAGAGAUCAUGGAGGCUAUCAACAGUAACCAGGCCAUCUUAGUUUCUGGUGAAACUGGGUCAGGUAAAACUACACAGGUUCCUCAGAUGAUUUUAGACUAUUGCCAGGAGCAAAGUAAAGUGUGUAGAAUAUUCUGUACACAACCCAGAAGAAUAGCUGCUCUUAGUAUUGCUGAGAGAGUUGCUGCUGAGAGGGGAGAAAAAAUUGGACAGACUGUUGGAUAUCAGAUCAGAUUGGAAAGCAAAGUAUCUCCCAAGACACUACUGACAUUUUGUACUAAUGGUGUAUUAUUAAGAACUCUGAUGGGAUCAACCGAAUCAAUGUCAGAGGUGACACACAUUAUUUUGGAUGAAAUACAUGAACGAGACAGAUUCAGUGACUUUCUGUUAAUAGCAGUCAGAGAUUUACUUGAGAAGUAUCCUGGUCUGAAAGUUGUUUUGAUGAGUGCAGCAUUAAACAUUGAUUUGUUUGUUAAAUAUAUGAAUGGUUGUCCUGUAGUGUCAGUUCCAGGAAGUUUGUUUGAAGUAAAGGAAUAUUAUUUAGAAGAUGUGCUAAAAUGGUCUGGUUAUACAAACAAAGUGAUGAAUAAACUGAAGAAAGAAAAAGAUCAAGUGGAAAAACAAAAUGAAGAACUAAAACAAUGGUGUUCACAGAUUUGUGCUGAUGAAGAAGAUUUAGAGGACGACAAUGAGGACAAGGUUAUACACAGUAAUACUGAAAACAUUACAGAGUUAGGUGAAGAAAAAGAGAACCUAGAACCAGGAGUAAUAAAUGAAUUGGAUCAGUUGCUGAGUGAAGCCUGGUUAACAGGAAAAGAAGAUGUCUUCUCACAAAUAUUUCAUUUAAUUCUCAGUGAAAAUGUCAGUGUUGACUACCAACACAGCCAUACCAGUAUAACACCACUAAUGAUAGCUGCUGGUCGGGGCUUUACAUCUGUAGUGGAACAGCUACUGAAUCUGGGAGCUAAUAUCAAUGUGAAAGCUUCCAAUGAUUGGACUGCUCUUUAUCUAGCACAUAAGUUCAAGCAUGAAGACAUAUGUGAACUGUUGGAGGCAAACAUGGAUGUUCCUGUAAUGGGUCCAGGGGGAGAUAACAAUUUAGAUUCUAAUGUCAUGUCACCAGAGGACAAAGAUUUACUGAGUAGAUAUCAUCACAGCUUUGAUGAUGAAUUAGUGGAUGCUGAUCUUAUACUUGGUCUUCUCAUCAAAAUUCUGUGUUCAAGUCAAACAGGUGCUGUAUUGAUAUUUUUGCCUGGCUAUGAUGACAUUGUAAAAAUAAGAGACUUGAUUUAUGAAGACAGAUUCUUCGAAAAUUAUAAAUAUGUGAUGUAUGUUUUACACUCAGCCAUGCAAUCUACAGACCAGAAGAAAGUUUUUAACACACCACCAACUGGUGUAAGGAAAAUUAUAUUAGCUACCAACAUAGCAGAAACCAGCAUUACCAUCAAUGAUGUUGUAUUUGUUAUUGAUUCAGGAAAAGUCAAAGAGAAAACAUUUGAUGCUCUGUUGAAUGUGAGUAUGUUGAAGAGUAAUUGGAUUUCAAAGGCUAGUUCUAUACAGAGGAGAGGAAGAGCUGGAAGAUGUCGUCCAGGUUCAUGUUAUCACCUAAUGAGUACUGUUAGGUUUAACUCUCUGAUAGAUUAUCCUGCACCAGAAAUACUCAGAUAUCCUCUACAGGAGUUAUGUCUACACACAAAGUUAUUAGCUCCAGCUAAUAUAAGUAUAGCCGAUUUCUUAGGGAAAGCACCAGAACCACCACCAUUUCUAGUCACCAGGAAUGCUGUACAUAUCUUAAAGCAAAUGGAUGCAUUAGACAGUUUUGAAGAUUUGACAGAAUUAGGACAUCACCUAGCAGACAUGCCUAUAGAACCAAGACUUGGGAAGAUGGUACUAUAUGCUGUUGUAUUAAAGUGUUUAGAUCCUAUACUUACCAUUGUGUGUUCACUGGCUUAUAAAGAUCCAUUUAUGUUACCAGCACAGCCAUCACAGAAAAGAGCAGCUACCAUGUCAAGACAUAAGUUUUCAGCAUCUACAUACAGUGAUCAUAUGUCAUUACUAAGAGCUUUUCAGGCGUGGCAGAAAGCUAAGACUGAUGGAUGGGAUAGAAGUUUCUGUCACAAGAAUUACCUGUCGUCUGCUGUUAUGGAAAUGAUUGUUGGCAUGAGAGCACAACUGUUGGGUCAGCUGAGAGCUUCAGGAUUUGUUAGAGCCCGAGGCGGAGGAGAUAUCCGAGAUCUUAAUACUAAUUCUGAGAACUGGGCAGUGGUCAAGGCAUCAUUGUGUGCUGGGAUGUACCCUAAUAUCAUCAGGGUGGACAGACAAAAGUCACAGCUUCUAUCAUAUAAAGAAGGUAAAGUGAAGUUCCACAUGUCAUCAGUAUUAAACACUUUACCAAACUCUGGCUGUCUCAAUAAGAAUGCCACACAUAAGAACGUUGUCAGAAAUCUGCCAUCAGACUAUUUAAUGUAUGAUGAGAUGUCUCGCUAUGAAAGACUGGCAUUUGUCAGAUGUUCUACACUGGUGUCUUCAGCUACUGUAGCCCUGUUUGCUGGUCCUAGUAAACUCUCUCCUGAUGCAAUCAAGGAUGCUGAUACAGAGUACCGUCAUUAUGAUGACUAUGUUGAUGCUGCCAGUGAUAGUGAAGAAGAAGUAGAUGGAGAAGUAUCAAAGACAUCAUUACAUCUCGAUGACUGGCUUAGAUUUAAAAUUGAUCCUGAGACAGCAACAUGUAUUAUGCAAUUAAGGACUAAAUGGCACAGCCUUUUCUUGAGGAGGAUGAGGAAUCCAUCAAAACCUUGGUCUCAAGUUGAUGAGGCAGUAAUUAGAGCAGUAAUAAAUGUUCUUACCAAUGAAGAACAAGCUUUAGGAUUACAACAGCCUGCUGGGAUAGGACAAAGACCAAGACCCAUGACCUCAGAAUCUUUGAUGUCUGGAAGCUACUCAGGUAAUGAGAAUGAGGAAUAUGGCAAUGGUAGGAAUGUGAGAAAGGGUCUAACAACACCACCAGCCAAACAGAUUCAGCUUCUGUCAAGGACACCCAAAGGAGAUAGAGAAUCUUUCAGUAGUAAUACCUCCUCCUCUAACAGUCCAAGAGGAAGUGAAGCCAGCACCCCAUCAGGUAGUCCUCAGCCUAAACAAGGUCAAGGUCAUCCUUGUAGGUACUAUGUGAUGAAAUGUACACACCAGAAGACAUUAGACAUGUCAGUCAGUAACGGAACCUGGUUUGUCACAGCCACUAGUGCAAAGAAAAUCAAUAAAUCUUUUCAGGAUGGUAAAACUGUGUUGAUGAUAUUCUCCAUCAAUGCCAGUGGACAUUUCCAGGGAUAUGCCAAGAUGACUUCAUUAGCGGCUAAAGAUAAAGUAUCAGGUGUACAGAAUUCUAACUUCAAUUAUAUAUGCUCUAUAGAAUGGAUAAAAAGAAAUAAUCUUCCAUUUCAAUUGACUCAUCAUCUGCUUAAUCCACUGAACGAGAACAAGAGAGUACAAAUUAGUAGGGAUGGACAGGAGGUAGAACCAUCUGUUGGAGAAGCAUUAACCAAACUAUGGGACAGAAAGGAACCAUUAGAGAGGGGCUGGAGGGGAGACAAUCAGUCAUAUCAACACUAUGACUCUAAUGAACAAAGAUAUCAACAUCAAUAUCAAAGUGCAAAUCAAUAUUAUCCUCCAGAGGGCGCUUCUGGCAAUGCUGAAAUGUUCAAUGCAGCUAGAUUGUAUGGCAGUAUGAAUACCUUUCCUACAUACCCUGGGUAUAUGAUGUCACCACCCAGACAGAAUCCCGUCACAAUUCUUCAGAGAAACCAAAACAGGAGAUAUCAAAAUUAUGGGAGGCAGCAUGGCCCAAGUGGAGAUAACUGAUAAGUGACCAGAGUUGUCUUUCUUGGAAUCUGUGAUACAAUAAUUUCACAAUCAUGCAUUAGAACCUGUCUUAAACAAUGUUGUCAUAUCUUAAUCAUCAUAUCUAUAACAUCUGAUUAUUAUGUAGAGAUCUGUCUAUUUCUGUACAUUCAUCUUUAAUUUUCAAAAUGUUGAUUAAAGUACCUGUUUUAUCGAAUUAUAAGAAAACUUCCACAAAUCAUAGACCAUACACAUAUUUAGUGAGACCUUUGUGGGUUAUCAUGAUCUUUAAACACCCCUUACCACUGUAAUAGUAUUCACUGUUAUAAGCAAAUUGAAUUUUAUUUUGGUGAUUUGUUUUUAGAAAUAAUGGGUUUUGAUACUCUUUAGAGAUGAUAGAAAAUUUAGAAUAAGGGUAUUUGUUAUCUUUUGCUUUACUCAAUUUAGUUUAAUACCUUGUAUGCGAAAAAAGGUGUUAAAAAAUAUCUUGGGGAAACAUGAUUUUCUUUAAUAUAAAAUUUGGAAAUGACGAAAUUUUUAUGAAGAAUUUAUCUUCUGAAAUCUUUAAAAUUUUCAACUUUAUUACUGUUAAAAAGUGUUUAAUAGGUACAAAUCAAAAAAGUCACAUUUCUGCACCCUUUUUGUCUUUAGAAUAAUAAAAAAAGACUGAAAAGAACAUUGAUCUGAAACUGCAUGAUGCUAUUGACUUUUGUUUUUCUUGGCAAAUGACAGAUGUUUUAUUUUAGUGCAAUUUGUUGAGUCUGUGUAAAGUCUGUAAGAAAUUGUUGCAAAAUACAAGUAACAUUUUAUGAUAGUAGCUUAGUUCACUUAUAAGAAUUUGAAUGCUAUGCAGAAUACUUUAAAGAGAAUGCUAACACUGAAAACUAGAUACUCAUAUUUUGAAAAAUAUAGAUGUGAACAAACAAAAGCAUUGAAAUACAUGUACAAUUAUAUAUUCUGAUACCAGUCUUAAUCAGCAUUGAGUAAACAAGAUAUAUAUUUUUUCUAGUAUAUAUGUAGGAAAUACAUGGGAACAUGUAUGUAUUAGUUAGAUUAGUGCAUGUCUCAAAGAAGUUAUUUUAAAGGCGUAAUGAGUAUUUAUUGGACUUUGAACCUGAUGUUUUUGUUUGUUGAAUGGAAAGACUGUUGUUAAAUGCAAGACAUAGGUAUUUCCGUUUAUUAACAGUUUAUACAAGCUUUAUAUCUUAGAAGGUAAAAGGAUCCAUAUUUUAAGUAGAAGAUAGAUUAUGUAGUGACAUGCCAGCCAUUAUUGACUAUAUGUCAUAUUUCUUUUGAAGAGAAAUCUCUAUUACUUGUCGAUAAGGAAAGUUUUUAAACAGUCCCACCAAAGUUUUUCUGUGUCUAUGGCAUGUUAUAUGUAAGUGCAGCAGUCUUAUCUGUUUGUAUGAUUCAACCAAAAUAAAUAAUAUAAAUAGUUUUAUAUAACUGCCUUCAGUAUUCACAAAAGUGAUUCCCAUUCAGUUCUAAGCAUUAUUUUAACAAAGGUUAUAUUUGUCAAAUAGUGUUGGUCUCGUUCUUAAUGACAAGAUACACUUGUUGUUAAUAUACUUUGAAAUAAUAGAGUUAAAAUAUUAUUCACACAUAGCUUUUCAAUAGGUAAGACAUUUUUUUGGUGUCCUCAAUGUUGAGGUUUGCUAGUACUGUCUGAAUAAUGCUUACAUUUAUUGAUAAAAACUGUAUUAGUCUGAGAAUAUAAUUUGAGUAAAUAGAAGGAUAGCAUAUAUAGUCUUGACUCAUCUGAAGUAUAAACAUUGUUCAGUGUCAUAAUGCAACAUUGAGAUAUCCAAUAUGUGUGUGUGUGUGUAUUUUUCUCUUCAACAAAUAAUUGUAAGGUUGUAAAUUAAAAAAUAUUUCAUCUUUCCAAUUUAAAAUCGGAAUGUGCAGUUUACUGUAGUAAUUAAUUUUCAAACUUUAUAAUUGUAAGUAAAAAUGUUUUUCCUGUUUGUUAUAUUUAUAACAUAGGAGUUGGGACACCUAGCCAUGAAAGAGCCAAGUUUAACAUAUUUUUCAGUCAUCAUUUCUUUUAUUAUUUGGUAAAGUUAACUUAUGAAAUGCAGUAAAUCAAAAUAUGGAUAACUUUCCUAAAUGUAACAUUGGAAAACUAGUUUGAUACAUUGUGUAGUAAGGUGUCUCCAUAAGAUUAUACCAAUUAUCAAUAGAUACAAUGUGUUUAUUUUCAUAAAAAAAUGGUCUAUCAUUAUAAGUUUGAUUUACUUUGGCAAGACUAAAUAUGUACGACAACUGUUGUCUUUAAACACUCAAGUAAAACCAUUUCCAAAAUAAAUAUAGAGUAAAUUAUUUACACUCAAUAUCCUGGAGGUUUAGUUUGCAUAAAGACACGGCAUAAGUUAUCCAACUUUUGGUGAUUAUCUUAUAAACAGUAGUUUCAUUAUAUUCAUAAACAUGAAGUUUUACUUUAGCAAGAUAUUAGUAUUUAUAUGUUUAUAUUUUAAAACCAGUAGAAAUAGAUUUUUGGUGGAAAGGCCAAAUGGGCUGUUGUAGAAUUUGAGUUUUGGUUGAAAAACAAAAUGGGCAGCCGCAGAUACUUGGCAUCCAUUUAUGUUCCUUACAUCAAUAACAAUUGGCAAAGUAAAAGAUAAUAGUACAUGGAUAGCAUCAUUCAUUAUAAUAUUUCAGUAUUUUGAACAAUACCUUUUCAUCUUUGGUAUGAUGCUAUUAUUAGUAAAUAAUUAGAUCAUGCUGUAAUUUUUUUAGCUAAUUUUCAAAAAAAUAUUUAAAAUAACAAAAGUUGUUCAUGUCUGUAGCGAGUGAUACAUGCUUCUAGGGGCCUCUUGUUUACUUUUACACAGGUUGUUAUAUAUAUAUAUAUUUUGUUGUUAUAUUUUACAUGGAAUAAAUUGUUACAGUCUA